GGCUGCAGCGGGCGGAGCCGCUGGGACCACUGAAGUGAGUGCAGGGGUCUGGGUUCGACUGGGAGGUCUGACACCGGAUGUGGAGGUUCGGUUGUCAGCGGGCGGACUGGGACCAGCUGCAGCCGCCGCCGCCGGGUCCCCGCUGAGGAGCGGCCCCGCCGGGUUGCGCAGUGUCGGGUAGGCGGGACAAGGCCCUUCCAGAAGUGGGGCCUUGGAUCCCGCUGGCCCCCGAGCCGGCGCCGGCGCGAUGUUGUUCUCGCUGCGGGAGCUGGUGCAGUGGCUGGGCUUCGCCACUUUCGAGAUCUUUGUGCAUGUGCUGGCGCUGCUCGUGUUCUCUGUGCUCCUGGCCCUGCGUGUGGAUGAGCUGGCCCCGGGCCUGUCGUGGUGGAAUGUAUUCGUGCCCUUCUUCGCCGCAGAUGGGCUCAGCACCUACUUCACCACCAUCGUGUCCGUUCGCCUCUUCCAAGACGGGGAGAAGCGACUGGCUGUGCUCCGCCUCUUCUGGAUCCUCACCAUUCUCAGUCUCAAGUUUGUUUUUGAGAUGCUGCUUUGCCAGAAGCUGGUGGAGCAGACGAGAGAGCUCUGGUUUGGCCUGAUCAUGUCCCCAGUCUUUAUUCUUCUGCAGCUGCUCAUGAUCCGGGCCUGUCGUGUCAAUUAGCCCUGCUCGAAGGGGAGGGAGAAAGAAAGGACGCUAUCUCUAGCUAGCGUUGUACUUAAAGAAAGGAACUCCGACAAAGAGGAGUCAGACCCAUUUGCUUAUGACGUCCUAAGCUUUUCUUCAUGCUUUCUCAACCUAACUCCAGGCGGGUGGGCAGAUGUGUGGGAAAAAAAUACUGAGCCCUAAAUAAAGGUAUUUUGUUGUUUGUUUGCUUUGA